AGUGGUGAUGUGGAUGACGUCACGGACCAGGAAGUAACUCAAACCAAAACAGUGGAUGGGCGGUUGAAGCUGAGUGCUGGUGCACUCAGCGUAUUUAAUAAACAGAACAAAAACAAAAGAUUUAACAAAACACCAAACAAAAGGGCACGAGGGCCGAACGAAUAAACAAACAAUUUUAAAAAUAGGGAGUUUGACCAACAGUGUGAAACAGCCAUCAGUGAAGGACAGUCUGUUCAGUUCAACUAGAGAGAUUUCCAGUUUGGUUCUCUAAAGACACACAAGAACAUGAUUGCUACGGAAAAGUUGCUUCUGAUUUCCUGCCUUUUUCAAGGUAUAAUUUGCAAUGAAUUGAAAGUGUUCAUGCCUCAGCGUAUUAAAGCCUUGAGCGGCUCCUGUGUGCUGAUUCCAUGUACAUUCACAAUUGAAGAGAGGUUGGAGAGUGCAAUGGUGGAACCGGCCAAAGGAAUUUGGAGGGCUUCUAAAAUUGUGGGAGAUAUUGUAUUUGACUCCAGUAGAAAUGAUAACGAAAAUACCCUGAAAGCAGAGCUACUUGGUAAAGUGACUAACAAGAAUUGCACCACAAUAAUAAAUCAUUUAAAAACAAGUGAUACAAAAAGUUAUUUCUUCAGAGCAGAACCUCCUAAAUACAACUUUGAUCAGAGUGUUUCACUUGAAGUUGCAGACUCUCCGGACAGACCUGUGAUCAGCCCAUCGAGUGCAGUGAAGGAGGGAGCUCCCACGAGUUUAGCCUGCACUGCUCCAGCCCCAUGCCCAAGAGAACCUCCAGCCCUGGUGUGGAGCGACACUCUGAAUGGGAGUGUGGAGAUAGAGCAGGUUGAGCAGCAGAAUGGGACCAAGGCUGUAUCUUCUGUUCUGACGUUCACUGCCUCACAUCUGCACCACAACAAGACCAUCACAUGCACUGCGCAGUAUCCAGUGGGGUCUGAAAGUAAAAGUGCUGAAGAAGUCUCAACUCUUCAUGUUCUCUAUUCACCGAAGAACACAUCGGUGUUAAUAAACCCUUCUGGUGAAAUACAUGAAGGAGAUCAUGUGACACUGAGCUGCAGCAGCAAUGCAAACCCAGCAGUGAGCCGCUACACCUGGUUUGAAGUGAAGGGAGAUAAUAUCACAGAGAAAAGUGUUGAACAGAAUCUCACUUUUACUGACAUUAACCCGAGUGACAGUGGACUGUACUACUGUGAAGCAAGGAAUGAGCAUGGGGCAGAGAACUCGACAGCCGUGCAGCUGAAUGUAGCAUAUUCACCGAAGAACACGUUGGUUUUAAUAAACCCUUCUGGUGAAAUACAUGAAGGAGGUCAUGUGACACUGAGCUGCAGCAGCAAUGCAAACCCAGCAGUGAGCCGCUACACCUGGUUUGAAGUGAAGGGAGAUAAUAUCAACGAGAAAAGUGCUGAACAGUACCUCACUUUUACUGACAUUAACCAGAGUGACAGUGGACUGUACUACUGUGAAGCAAGGAAUGAGCAUGGGGCAGAGAACUCGACAGCCCUGCAGCUGAAUGUAGCAUCUCCUGCAACUCCAUGUAUUUAUGUUGUCAUGGGAACAGCGGCUGUUCAGAUGUUAGCCACCAUUUUGGUUGUUGUAUUCAUAAUGAAAAGAAAGAGAAAG